CUUUUUUCUUUCUUCGGUCAGAACUGUCACUCAUCAAUUUUCUCUCGCGAUUCGUCCAAACGCCAUUUUUGCUUCUCCUAAUUAUUCUUCUUCUUGUUCUUGUUCAUCACUCUCUUUCACCGUUUCCAUGAUCGCAUCUUCUCCAUUUCUCUCUUUCUCGAUUGAAAUUCUUGAGCUGAACAACUACAGUCCGUCUCCAUUGCUAAAACAGAGGAAAAUUUUAGAACCCUCACGAGUUUUGGACUCGUGCGAAGAUUGAAGUGAUUAUCGAUGUUCAUAUUGCGCAAUUUUUCUUCUACCUUGUUCGUCAAUCGAAAGCAAAGUUGUUGAAUGUUCUUCUCAAUUCUCAGUGUGUUUUUGCCGAAUCCGAUCAAAAAUUCCAUUGCUAUUGGAUUUCUAGACUCGAUUCUAACUAAUCGCAGCCACACUCAUUGAAGAAGCAUUUGAUUCUCUUUGUUUCCUGUUUGUUUAGCUCUCUGGAAUUUUGAAUCGUUGAGUGUUUGCUUCGGCGCGGGGAUUGACUUAGUAAGAUCCAGGUUUACCAGGAUGUGACCUCGAGGAUUUGACAUUGCUGAGCUUUAAAGUUUCACUUCAAUCCUUGACUUAGAAACGAUGGCGGACACUGACGAAAAGGGAGUGGGAGAGGAUGGCACUGUAUUAUCAAACCUGUUGGCAGUGAUUCAUAAUUUGGGAAAACAGAUCGGUGGAACAUAAAGUUUCUGGAGUUAUUGGAUUUUGAUCUUCAGAAGGGGACGAUUUUUUCCAUGGACUCUGGAUUCAAGGAGGAUUUUCUUGUUCUUGACUGGCUAAGAGCACUUCUUAGAAGACUGGGAUACAGCGGUCCACUUUUCAUACUGAAGAAGCCAUUUGGAUUAACAUAGUUUUUCCUUUUUUUGUGCAAAUAUUCAUGCGAAGAAGCUUAGUUUUCAUGAGUUUGGCAUACUGAAGAAGCUUAGGUUUCUACAACGAAUUUGAGAAAGACCUUCAACUGAAUGGGAGAAUUUCUGGUAGGAGCUCAGAAAUUACUGCAUGGGCAGAGGAGGGAACGAACUUGCUUCAUUCCCAACAAGAAAAAGUGAAGUAGUUCGAGAAUUCUUCUUUCUCAAAGGCGAUUUUUGUUCUUGGUCGUUACAAUGUCGCGAUGCUUUCCAUUUCCACCACCUGGUUAUGAAAAGAAAGCUAGCAUACAGGAUCUAGACCUAGCCAAAAAGGAUAAGCAUAAAAAGAAGAGGAAAAAGGAGAAGAGGGAUCACAAAGAAAAGGGAAAAAGCAGGAAUGGAGAUAAAAGAGACAGGGAGAAAGACAGAGUUAAAGAGAGAGCUGGAACCUUGGACGAGUCAAAACUUUCGGAUAAAAUCCAUGGUCACAAUCGACAGUUCCUCGACCAGAAAGAUCUUGAAGUCGAGGAUAACUGCAGGCUAACCGGGAAGAAACAUGCUGGACAGUCGGCUGGUUAUAGUGAAGGCGAGUCUAGUUAUGGUAGCCACCUGCCUGAUAAAUUUUGUGCCUUCAAAAUUGUGCCCGAGUUGUCAAGGAGGACCGAGGACGGUGACAGUGGAUUUAGGAACCUUUCGGGGGAGAAGUUGUCUGUUUGUCUUCCAGAGAGAGAUGGUUGGAUGGAUAGAUCAAUGGCUAAGGUCACUCGGAGUUUCGGUGAAGGGAAGACAAAGGACGAGAAUGAGGAAAGUUGUGUGGGAAAACAUGGCGAUCGAGGAAUACGGGAGGAGUUGUCGAAGUUUAGUAGGGCGGGGACUGUUCAGCCAAUGGUUAAAGAUGGGGUGGAUUCAGGGAAGAAGUGGAAAGGGAAUGGGAGGGAUGAAAAAAGCAAGGACAAAGAUAAGCAAGAUAAAGAAAGAGAUAAAAAGAAGAAAAAGAAGGAGAAACUUGAACAAAAGAUCGGAAACGUGGAAAAAUCAAAAGAACGCUAUGACGAAGACGACAAUACCAGUGCUGAUUCGAUAAUAACAUCACAACUUCUCAGGGAUAGACAUAGAUCUGUUGCGAGUAUGCGAAAUCUCGUGAAGAGGAAGGACUUUGAAGGCAAUGGAAUCUUUGCCAUGGACCAUUUGUCCAGUAACUCUGCAAAGUUCACUUCCUCCUCUGAUCAUCCUAGAGUUAACCACAAGAUGGUAAAAUCAUGCCAAUCUUCUGGACCAGCUGCUUCAAAUUGGCAGGUACACUCAAAGCCACCACAUCCAGAUUUGGAGCAUUUAAGCCAGGCGUAUUUAGUUCCCAAAAUGGACGACUUGUCAGAGUUUUGUGACCAAGACUGGCUGCUGCAUAGCAGCAAUGCUUCCAAAUUGAAGAAGCUGAAGGCACACGGGUUCGAGAUGAAAACGUCAACGCCGUAUGUAUGGGCUGAGGCAAUGCCGAUUGACUCGGUUGAUAUCUGCGCUCUACCGUAUGUUGUUCCAUAUUGAUUAAAUGUCCAAAUGGAAGUGACUAACGUGAUUGAUAAUGCUCCGUGCUCGAUAUCGACACACAAACUCGCUACUGGUUUGGCGGGCUGGCUGCUGCAUAUGCAAUGCUUCCAAAUUGAAGAAGCUGAAGGCACACGGAUUCGAGAUGGAAACGACAACGCCAUAUGUAUGGGCAGAGGCAAUGUCGAUUGACUCGGUUGAUAUCUGCGCUCUACCGUAAGUUGUUCCAUAUUGAUUAAAAAUCCAAAUUGAAGUGACUAACGUGAUUGAUAAUGCUCCGUGCUCGAUAUCAACACGCAAACUCGCUACUGGUUUGGCGGGCUGGGAUUCAGUGGAUCUUUUCACCAGUUAACACUGAACAUCCCCAAUUCAUUUAUGUAGCCAAGUAAAGUGCAAGCCUAUGAGGUUGCUCGGUAGGCAAGAUGCAUGAGCUUAUUAUGCAAUUGCCUUUCAUUUUUAAAGGGAAGGUAGAUUUCUAGAACGGAACUCCUUGAUAGAUUUAUGAGAUAGAGAAGUGUAGAAUUUAGUUAUAUUUUACUUAUUUCUCAUUAGCUCCUAGACACCAACAUAAGUUGGGGAGGCUAAAUAUAUGUAAUUUUCCUUGGAUCGUUGUUAUAGAAAUGCAAUGACCGUUUUCUUGUUUA